AUGGCUUCACUCUUCCCCGACCUCAUUAAGGUCUUGUUAAACGUUGUCCAAGUCGGAGAUUCGGAGAAAGGUAUGCUUUCUAGCUACUUUCAGAAGCACGUUGAGCAUGCCAAUGGAAAUCAGUUAGCAGCGCAAACUUUGGAGAUCAUCCUCACAUCUCUUGAAUCAAACCCGGCUAUUACCGGUCUUCAUCGAGAUGUUCUUCAGAAUUUGGUCUAUCUCCUCCAGAGCGAGGCUACCGGUGCCCAGGAGAAGCAGUUGACUCCGACUCAUCAUGCUCUAAAGCACGUGGACACUAAGAUUUCUACUAAUUCCAAAUCUGACCACGAUGGAGCUAUCUGCCCUAUUCGUGAGUCUUCUUCUCCUCAUGGGUUUUCUUCCAUGAGUCGAAUUGUCGGAUCCAAGAAAGAGGAAUACAGCUUGAAGGACUCUAUCUAUCAGGAUGGUAAUAGCUUCGAACAGCAUGGUUCCUCAUCGCCAGAAACCAGUAGUGCAAGACUGGUAUCUGACAAAAUCGGUAUUCAUCAUGCGGAGUUGGAGAACCAUGACCGCAUUUCUCUUAGACCUGUCGACCUUAUCCACGCCUCCACCAAGAAAAUAUGCAAUUCAGUGGCAUCUCCUCUUGUCGUCGCAACUGACGAUUCCGAACUUGUUGUUCGUAACGGGGAAUACGAGCGGUCAAAUCGUAAGAUAUUACCCCACGAAUGGCGAGAGCCUAUUCCUCUUGAAAAGUUGCAAGGCACUAAAGAAUUGCAAGCCAUUGAGGCUGAUGCCGAGAAACUCCGCGUCUCUGGAAAUUCUGGGGUUCAAUCCGACAAUGAUAUCGUCAAAGAUUUUGUUCAGCAGCUUACUAAGAACAAUACGGAGACUCCGUGGGUUGGCAAACUCCCUAACGCAAACCAAGGUAAAACCACCAGCUACAACCAUUGGGGUAGCCAUCAACCGGAAAACCUAGGCUAUGCUUCUCGACGCCGAGGGACGGGCCAUGAAAGAGGAGAUCUUACUGGGGCAAAUCAGCGAACACAGAACAGCAAAGGUGCUCCUAAACUCGAGAACCAGAACGGCAUUCGUACCCCUCCUCGGCGUAGUCACUAUAGGAAUAGUCAGAAGUCCCCUUCAGUCUUCGGCUGGGGUCCGGGAAGUGAAGAGAACAAUACUUCCUUUAGGAAGUGGAAAGAGACCAUCGAAGUCAGAGGCUCUCCGACACCAUCAGAGUCCGUCUCUCAGCGUACCCUGAGCUGGACAUCCGAUUUAGCGGAGAACCUACGAAAGCAUCCUACUAAGCCCACAGGAGAUAUCUGGUGA